CUGGCCUGCAGAGCACAGUGACUGAGAAGAAUGAGUUCCAGCGACAUAUUUUUGGGAGCCAUCUUCACCUUUCAGACUUUCCUUGGCUUCACUGGGAAUUCCUUGUUGUUUUCUUCAUACAUGUGCAUCUUCCUGAGCCUGCCCCACAAGAGGAGGCCCAUAGACGUGAUCCUUGCCCACCUGACCCUGGCAAACGCCCUGACGCUCUUACUCAGAGGGGUGCCAAGUGCAAUGGCAUCCUUCGGGAUCUGGCUCGAGCUAGGUGACGCCGGCUGUCAGGCUGUGCUGUACCUGCAGAGAGUCUCCCGGGGCAUCUCUCUGUGCGCGACCUCCCUGCAGAGCACGUUUCAGGCCGUGACUCUCACUCCAAGUGGAUGGGCCUGGCUCAGAACAAAAAUCUCUAUAGUCAUUCAGCCCUCUUUACUUUUAUUCUGGGUCCUCAACAUGGUCAUCUACACUCAAGUCAUCGUAAGCGUGACCAGCAGGAACGCCACCAGGGCUACGGUCGGCUAUUCCUCCCGCUAUUGUAGUAGCGAUGAUUUUAAUUACCAGCUGAGUACAGCCUCUCUAAGUAUAAUGAUCAUUCGAGAUUCCGUUCUGCUGUCCCUGAUGAUGUGUAGCAGCAUCUACAUGGUUGUUGUCCUGCACAGACACCACAAGGCAGCCCGGCAUGUCCUCAGCUCUGCCCGCCAUGCCCGGUACUCACCAGCACACAGAGCCAUGCACCUCAUUCUCAUGUUGGUGAGCUGCUUUGCCUUCUUCUACUGGAUCAACACCUUUCUUACUGUUUAUUUAGUUUUUACAAAUGAGAACAAAGAGCAACUGGAGAACUUUAGUAACUUUAUUUCUUCAUGUUACCCAACCAUCUGUCCUUUCUUACUGAUCAAAAAUGAAAAUAGAAUUUCCAGACUGAAUUUCAUCAAAACAAGGAUUGGGAUUGUUCCCGCCUAA